AUGCGAAUCCAGUUGCUGCCGUCAAUUUACAGUAGCAGUUACUGAUUUUAGAUUUUGACUCUUCUUUUUUUGGGUCUCCAUUUUGCAUAAUUAUUGUUUUUGGCAGAUCCAUAAACUCUAUUUGAAUAUUGGACUUCAAUUGAUUGACAUUUCCAUGUUUCUCAACCAUUUGACAAUCCGUGUUACCGCAUACUCAUACCAUCACUAACCUAGUAGAUGGUUGUCGGUGAAAAAAGGUGAUCAAAAACAGGACAAUUCCCCUUGGAGUCUCUGUCAGUCAAUUUCAGUGCAUAUUGCGUCGUGUUGUACCCCCCACCCCACAACAUGCUACCUUGUUUCUUGGUCCAUGCUAAUACUGUAUGCGUGAUGUGAGUGUGUAAAUAGAAGAAGAAUGCCACGCUUUGCAAAACUACAGUGCUUUUGGAUCACUUAGUUUUCUGCUGCACUUCUGUAUAGUUGAAUGACUGGCUGUUAUGGACUUGGUGUUGCUGUAUAAUGGUGUGUAAUAAACAUUAUGUUUAGUGUCAUUGAACAAUUUGCCAUAGUUUCAAGACUUUCAAGACACUUAUUUAGAUCGUCAGUAGUUUUUACAUUGCUACAUGUUAUUGUUUUAUUUAGAUCGUCAGUGGUCUUUACAUUGCUACAUAUUAUUGUUUUAUUUAGAUUGUCAGUGGUCUUUACAUUGCUACAUGUUAUUGUUUUAUUUAGAUCGUCAGUGGCCUUUACAUUGCUACAUAUUGUUUUAUUUAGAUUGUCAGUAGCCUUUACAUUGCUACAUGUUAUUGUUUUAUUUAGAUCGUCAGUGGUCUUUACAUUGCUACAUAUUAUUGUUUUAUUUAGAUCGUCAGUGGUCUUUACAUUGCUACAUAUUAUUGUUUUAUUUAGAUCGUCAGUAGCCUUUACAUUGCUACAUGUUAUUGUUUUAUUUAGAUCGUCAGUGGCCUUUACAUUGCUACAUAUUAUUGUUUUAUUUAGAUCGUCAGUGGUCUUUACAUUGCUACAUAUUAUUGUUUUAUUUAGAUCGUCAGUAGCCUUUACAUUGCUACAUAUUAUUGUUUUAUUUAGAUCGUCAGUGGCCUUUACAUUGCUACAUAUUGUUUUAUUUAGAUUGUCAGUAGCCUUUACAUUGCUACAUGUUAUUGUUUUAUUUAGAUCGUCAGUGGUCUUUACAUUGCUACAUAUUAUUGUUUUAUUUAGAUCGUCAGUGGUCUUUACAUUGCUACAUAUUAUUGUUUUAUUUAGAUCGUCAGUAGCCUUUACAUUGCUACAUGUUAUUGUUUUAUUUAGAUCGUCAGUGGCCUUUACAUUGCUACAUAUUGUUUUAUUUAGAUUGUCAGUAGCCUUUACAUUGCUACAUUUAUUGUUUUAUUUAGAUCGUCAGUGGUCUUUACAUUGCUACAUAUUAUUGUUUUAUUUAGAUCGUCAGUGGUCUUUACAUUGCUACAUGUUAUUUUUUUAAAUUAAGAUCACUUUAUUCGUCCAUUGGUCCAAUAGAAAUGUCACUUUGCUUUAUCCCAACCCCUCUGAAAGACACAAGUAUUCAUGUACAGGUUGGAGCAGGGGGCUGCCACACUGGGCGCCAGUGGAGCAGUUGUUGUGGGUGGUUAAGUGCCUUGCUCAAGGGCACAACAACAAGCAAUGUCAUCUAGGAUUUGAUACCGUCAGAUGUGGGAUUUUAACUGGCAACAUUCUGGUUGUUGGCUCGCCUCUCUUACCACUAGGCUACCUGUAACUUGUAUCAUUACGCGCCUGUUAAAACAGUGUAUCCUUUUAAAGGCAGUACACAUUUCUUACAGUAUAGUAAAUUCAUAAGUGCACUUACUGUAUAUCAGUAAAGCCAGCUGACAGGGUUGUGUUUUCCCUGACAGAUGAGUGAUGUUGAAGCGGGAGGAGCAACUGUGUUCCCAGACUUUGGAGCAGCUAUCUAUCC